UGUGAGAAGAAACAACAACUACACAAGAACUUACAUUUUUACUUAUGUGGAAGAUCGGAGGAUAAAAUUAUGAUCACUCUCUCCAAGAAGUUAAAACAACCCCAAGAGUCCCCCAAAAACAAGAUUGUUCAGGAUGACGUCACAAAGAGAAUUUCAAUUCGAGAUAAACUUUUAGUCAAAGAGGUUCAAGAGAUGGAGGAGAACUUACCAAAAACCUGCACAGUGCAUUUUGAUGAUCCAAAUAAAUUACACAUUUUCACAUUGACCAUUGUACCCGAUGAAGGUUUUUGGAAGAGUGGGAAAUUCAAGUUCACUCUUGAUAUACCCGAAGAAUAUAACAUUGUACCACCUCAGGUUGUAUGUAACACAAGGAUAUGGCACCCUAACAUCAACGAAGAUGGAGAAGUUUGUUUAAGUUUGUUACGUCAAAGUUCUUAUGAUAGUCUGGGAUGGGCACCAACCAGAAGAUUGAAAGAUGUAGUUUGGGGAUUAAAUUCAUUAUUUUCAGAUUUAUUGAACUUUGACGAUCCUCUAAAUGUUGAUGCUGCAGAUCACUACUCUAGAAACAAGGAGUCAUUCAAAGCAAAAGUGAGAGACUAUAUACAGAUGUAUGCAACAAGGUGAUACAGAUUGACCUUUAACCUCUCUAAUGUGCCACCAGUGUGACUUCGUGAUAGAGUUUACAGCAGUUAGCAUUAUAAAGGAACAAUUUACAGCUGAGGUCUCAGGCUUUUUUCCCCAAAACAAGGACACAGUGGGCUUAUGUUUACAGAGUGGAGUGUUUUGUCAUGUACACACAUUAGGCUUUCAGUCAUUAGCUCCUACUCAGUCUAAGAUAAACUAGAAACAUAUAAUUUUUGUAUAUUAUACCUAAAAUUUCUAUUCCGUUUUUAUUAUACAUUUAUUGCUUUGAUUCAUUAUAUAACGAUAUUCUGGGUGAUUUUUUCCCCCCAGAAUGAUGAACAAUGGUUAUGCAGGUUCAUCAACAAUUGAUAUGAUAUGUACAGUGCUUAUAUUGUCUCUGUUCAAGUAUAAAAAGGUUUUCCUUAGUAAAUGCCAGUUUGAAAAUGCCCAAUAGUGUUUUGAAAGUGGUACACAAAUCCUCUUCUUUAUACUUGUUUGUUUGAAAUCUUGUGUUUUGGAGCAUGGUGCUAAUCAUAUUCUAAUAACAAACUGGUAGUGAUAUUUUACUUUAGGAUGUUUCAUUUGGUUAAGAACAUGUGAAGCUUUAUAAGUAGUAAGUCUAUAUACAUGUACAUGUAGUGACUUUUUUACUGUGUAUGAAUAUUUUCAAAUUGAUUUAUAUUGAGUUGAAUGUAAUUUCAAGCUUUACAAAGUGAAGAGUUAUGACAUAGUAUUUCUGUGUGAUGGGUUUCAAGCAAAUAAUAAAUACAAAUCUGAUAUCUGAAGAAAAGAAAUAGUAAGGAGAUAUAUUGAGAUGAUAAGGUAAAGACUUGCUGUUUGUUGAAUACAAACACUAUACAGAAUACUUCCAGUACUUGUGUGCAUUCGUUUAACUUUGUUUCAUAUGAAGAUACGAAGUUUAAAUGUACUGCUUGAUCUCCAGAAAGUGAUAUUUUGUUUCCAGUUGUGGAGAUAGCUGAAUCCUGCAUAACUACAGGAAAAAAAGUGGUUACUCGACUAAAUUUGACUAUGUAGACCUGUAACAGUAUAUGCAUAGAAUGUAUUUAAUUAUGUCAUCAGUUGUGUAUGCUUUCAAAUUAAGCUGAAGUUAACGAGGAGUAUGUUUUAUUCUUUAUUUUCUCCCUAUCUUCCAUUGUCAUGUAUGCUGUUUGUCAUUAUGACUUGCAUAGAAUACUGGAAAUGGCUUUAUUAAUAGUUUUCUUUUUUUAGAAGACAAUGAAUGUUGAAAACAGGCAAAGCCUUAAAAUGUAAUAAGAAUUGUUACUUCUACCCAUUUUAAGAUACUACUAAUAAAUUAUGGAUAUUUGAAUGUGA